AUGGAGAAGAACGUAGCAAUGUCAUUAAUUAUUCCAACAGUUCCUGUCACAGAGCGGCUACCUAGGGUGGUCAGUAAAACCAAGCCCUCUAGAGAAGAAGAGAAGCAGAGAGAAAUCCAAGAGAAUAAUGGACAUUUGAGCCUUGCUGUCACCAAGUGCACCGGGGAGACACCGCCCAAUUUGGCUGAAAUAAUUAGUCAUUACGUGGGGACACUAAAUCAAAAGAAACUGCACUUUCUGGGCUACCCCACUAAUCUGGACUUGGACUAUGAUGCGUUGGUACCAUUGUUGCAAUUUCACCUAAACAAUGUUGGGGAUCCUUUUAGAGGGAGCAGUUUUGUUCUAAAUUCAACAGAAUUUGAAGUUUGCGUGCUUGAUUGGUUUGCUAACCUCUGGGAGAUAGAGAAGGAUGAGUACUGGGGAUACGUCACAACUGGUGGGACUGAAGGAAAUCUUCAUGGGAUUUUACAGGGGAGGGAAAAAUUUCCCGAUGGGAUUCUAUAUACCUCAGAGGACACACAUUAUUCAAUAUUCAAAAUAGCAAGAAUGUAUAGAAUGCAAUGCGUGAAGGUUGGCACGUUGGUAUCCGGUGAGAUCGAUUGUGUUGAUCUAAAGACUUUACUUCUUGCUCACAAGGACAAACCCGCCAUCAUCAAUCUAAACAUAGGGACAACUAUGAAAGGAGGUGUUGAUGACCUUGAUCUUGUAACACAAACACUUGAGGAAUGUGGAUUCACUUGUGAUCGAUUCUACAUUCACUGUGAUGGAGCUCUAUUUGGAAUGAUGUUGGCUUUUAUUGAACGGGCACCAAGGGUUACCUUCAAGAAACCCAUUGGAAGUGUAGCUAUUUCUGGCCAUAAGUUCUUGGGGUGCCCAAUUCCUUGUGGUGUUGUAAUAACUCGCUUACAACAGGUCAAUGCCCUAUCUAGUGAUGUUGAAUACAUUGCUUCAAGGGAUGUCACAAUCACAGGUAGCCGUAGCGGGCAUGCUCCAAUCUUCCUCUGGUAUGCUCUCCAAAAAAGAGGUUUAAUAGGACUCAAGAAAGAAGUGCAGAUGUGUAUCAAGAAUGCACGUCACUUAGUGGAUCAACUACGUGAUGGUGGCAUUGGUGCAAUGUUGAAUGAAUUUAGUAAUACAGUUGUCUUUGAAAGGCCUCUAGAUGAUGACUUUACGCGUAGGUGGAGUUUGGCUUGCGAUGGAAACAUUGCACAUGUGGUGGUGAUGCAACACAUUAACAUUGAAAUGUUGGACUCCUUUGUUAGCGAAUUUCUUAAAAAACGAUUCAUUCGGUUCAAAGAUGGACAGUUUCAACCUCUAUGCAUUGCAAAUGAUGUUGGUUCUGAAAAUUGUGCAUGUUCUAUGCACAAAACAUUAUGA